AUGACACGGACAGAGAAUCUCGCCCGAUGGGCCGCAGCUCUCCGCUACCAUGACCUACCCGUCGAGGUCGUUGAGCGCACAAAGGACUUUUUCCUAGACUGGCUGGGCUGUGCCACUGCUGGGCGCAACCACGAAGCCGUGAGCGCAAUGGCACGAUUUUCAAGGCAGAUGGGACCCUCCAGUGGGAAGAGUGAGCUUGUUGAUGGAUCUGGGAAACCUACGACGACAAGUCCCGUCUUCGCCAGCAUGGUUAACGGGGCCUCGUCCCAUGUCGUCGAGCAGGAUGAUUUGCACAACCGAAGUAUCAUGCACCCGGCAACUGUCAUAUACCCUGCUGCGCUGGCCGUGGCCCAGGACAUUGGAGCUGAUGGCAAGGCCUUGAUCACAGCUUGUGUCGUGGGUUACGAGGUUGGCUGCCGUGCUGGUGAGUACCUUGGUAAGAGUCACUACGAGAAAUUCCACACGACGGCAACAGGCGGCGUCUUGGGUGUAGCAGCCGCCACAGCUCACCUCUUGGGCCUCGACGCCGACGGGAUGCUGUCGGCCAUGGGGACGGCAGGCACACAGGCAGCUGGACUGUGGCAGUUCUUGGUCGACGCCACCCACUCCAAGCAGGUACACACGGCCAAGGCAUGUUUCGAUGGCAUCUUUUCAGCAUACUCUGCGCGUGACGGGCUCCUGGGUCCGCGUGACAUUCUCGAGGGCCCUCGUGCCAUGGGGGCGGCCCUAGUUCCGGGCGGGCAGACGACUCCCGAGGCAAUCGAUCGUCAUCUAGGCGAGGAGUUCGCCAUUCUGCGCUCCAGCUUCAAGUGGCACGCAUCCUGCAGGCACACCCACCCGAGCGUAGACGCGCUGCUCAAUCUCAUGCACUCCCACAACGUCUCGUUUGAUGAGAUUGAGUCGGUCGUCGCGCGCACAUACAGCGCCGCCUUUGGCGUUCUCGGGCUAAGCGGGCGCGGCGGCACGGUCCACCAGAGUAAGUUCAACAUGGGGUUUGUGCUCGCCGUUGCCGCCAGGAAUGGCCAGGCCAUGAUCACAGACUUCACCGAGGAGGCCCUGUGUGACCCGGCACUGCGGGCUUUUCAGGACCGCGUGACCAUGGAGCUUGAUGGCUUCAUCGACAGCCAGUUUCCCGAGAAGUGGCAGGGCACCGUGGUUGUGACUUGCAAGUCUGGUGCUGUCUACAUCGAGUCUGUUGAGUUUGCCAAGGGUGAUCCGGAGUCUCCGUUGACUAGACCCGAGCUCGAGACCAAGAUGCAUGCCUUGGCUAGGUAUGGGGGCGUCACGGACACUGCCAAAGUAGACGUGACGAUGCGGAGGGCAUUCGACCUGGAGAAUGAGGGGAACCUUGCAGGGUUCUGGUUUUGA